GUGCGAGGCGGUGACAAUGGGAGCAGCGAAGGCGGCGCCGGGAGGCAGCUGACAGGCGUCUGCGGUUUCGCUUCAUGGCCGCUCUCCAGCCCCGCCUGGGCUCGGUGGGAAGUCGGGGAGCCCGCAGCGUCCUGGCGCCGGAGCUGGCGAGCUGAGCAGGGACCUGUGUGUGGCGCCGCUGAGGCGCAGCAUGUGAAGAGGAGACGGCGUCCAGCGCGAGGCGAGCCUCUCAGCCGGCCGGGAUGGCUACGACGGCCGAGCUCUUCGAGGAGCCUUUUGUGGCAGAUGAGUAUAUUGAACGUCUUGUAUGGAGAACCCCAGGAGGAGGCUCUAGAGGGGGAUCUGAAGCUUUUGAUCCUAAAAGGUUAUUAGAAGAAUUUGUAAAUCAUAUUCAAGAACUACAGAUAAUGGAUGAAAGAAUUCAAAGGAAAGUAGAGAAACUAGAGCAACAGUGUCAGAAAGAAGCCAAGGAAUUUGCCAAGAAGGUGCAAGAGCUCCAGAAAAGCAAUCAGGUUGCCUUCCAACAUUUCCAAGAACUAGAUGAACACAUUAGCUAUGUAGCAACCAAGGUCUGUCACCUUGGAGACCAGUUGGAAGGGGUAAACACACCCAGACAGCGAGCAGUAGAGGCUCAGAAAUUGAUGAAAUACUUUAAUGAGUUUCUGGAUGGAGAAUUGAAGUCUGAUGUUUUUACAAAUUCUGAAAAGAUAAAGGAGGCAGCAGACAUCAUUCAGAAGUUGCACCUAAUCGCCCAAGAGUUACCUUUUGAUAGAUUUUCAGAUGUAAAAUCCAAAAUUGCAAGUAAAUACCAUGAUUUGGAAUGCCAACUGAUUCAGGAGUUUACUAGUGCUCAAAGAAGAGGUGAAAUCUCCAGAAUGAGAGAAGUAGCAGCAGUUUUACUUCAUUUUAAGGGUUAUUCCCAUUGUGUUGAUGUUUAUAUAAAGCAGUGCCAGGAGGGUGCUUAUUUGAGAAAUGAUAUAUUUGAAGAUGCAGCAGUACUCUGUCAACGGGUGAACAAACAAGUUGGAGAUAUCUUUAGUAAUCCAGAGACAGUACUGGCUAAACUUAUUCAAAAUGUAUUUGAAAUCAAAUUACAGAGUUUUGUGAAAGACCAGUUAGAAGAAUGUAGGAAGUCUGAUGCAGAGCAGUAUCUCAAAAAUCUCUAUGACUUAUAUACAAGAACCACGAAUCUUUCCAGCAAGUUGAUGGAGUUUAACUUAGGCACUGAUAAACAGACUUUCUUGACUAAGCUUAUCAAAUCCAUUUUCAUUUCCUAUUUGGAGAACUAUAUUGAGGUGGAGACUGGAUAUUUGAAAAGCAGAAGUGCAAUGAUCCUACAGCGCUAUUAUGAUUCAAAAAACCAUCAAAAGAGAUCCAUUGGAACAGGAGGUAUUCAAGAUUUGAAAGAGAGAAUUAGACAACGUACCAACUUACCAUUGGGGCCAAGUAUCGAUACUCAUGGGGAAACUUUCCUAUCCCAAGAAGUGGUGGUUAAUCUUCUACAAGAAACCAAACAAGCUUUUGAAAGAUGUCAUAGGCUCUCUGAUCCUUCUGAUCUACCACGGAAUGCCUUUAGAAUUUUUACCAUUCUUGUGGAAUUUUUAUGUAUUGAGCAUAUUGAUUAUGCUUUGGAAACAGGACUUGCUGGAAUUCCCUCUUCAGAUUCUCGGAACGCAAAUCUCUAUUUUCUGGAUGUUGUGCAACAGGCCAAUACUAUUUUCCAUCUUUUUGACAAGCAGUUUAAUGACCACCUUAUGCCACUAAUAAGCUCUUCUCCUAAGUUAUCUGAAUGCCUUCAGAAGAAAAAAGAAAUAAUUGAACAAAUGGAGAUGAAGUUGGAUACUGGCAUUGAUAGAACAUUAAAUUGUAUGAUUGGACAAAUGAAGCAUAUCUUGGCUGCAGAACAAAAGAAAACAGAUUUUAAGCCAGAAGAUGAAAACAAUGUUUUGAUUCAGUAUACUAAUGCCUGUGUUAAAGUCUGUGCUUAUGUAAGAAAACAAGUGGAGAAGAUUAAAAAUUCCAUGGAUGGGAAGAAUGUGGAUACAGUUUUGAUGGAAUUUGGAGUACGUUUUCAUCGACUUAUUUAUGAGCACCUUCAACAAUAUUCCUACAGUUGUAUGGGUGGCAUGUUAGCAAUUUGUGAUGUAGCUGAAUAUAGGAAGUGUGCCAAAGACUUCAAGAUUCCACUGGUAUUACAGCUUUUUGAUACUCUGCAUGCACUUUGCAAUCUUCUGGUAGUUGCCCCAGAUAAUUUAAAGCAAGUCUGCUCAGGAGAACAACUUGCUAACCUGGACAAGAACAUUCUUCACUCCUUCGUACAACUUCGUGCUGACUAUAGAUCUGCCCGUCUUGCUCGACAUUUCAGCUGAGGUUGCAUUUGGAAGAGAAGUGUGUUGUACUUCAGCAGGCCUUGGUUGAUAGAAAGCACAGGAGAUUUCUUACGACAUAGCCAACACUUUAUGGAAAAAUGACUGGAAAAGCAGCAGCCAUACUUACCCUUGAGAUUUUUGUUUUUAAAUUUGGACACUAGUAGCCAUAUUUUGUUUUUUUACUUUUAAGUUGAUUUUUAAUACCAUCUUUGAACAUAGAAGUUUCAAAUUCUGUGAAACUAUAUGUCACGGUUUUCAUCCUGGAAAAUCUUAGUAUCAGAAGGCAAAUAGAUGUUACCAGUUUUCCAGUUCAUGUUCUUUAACAUAUUCCAUUGGGAAAUUUCACCAUCCUAUUUUAUCAAUUUUAAUGACCUUGUAGCACCAGAAAUUGUUAAUCAAGUUAUUUUAGGUAUUCCUAGAGAACUUUUUGCCUCUUUCAAAAGGUUAACAAUUGAGCAUAAUUUCCUUGGUUGAUUGGAUUUUUUCUGAGGUACAACCAUAGUACUAUUUCAAGAAAAAUGUUAUAUACUAAACUAAAAUGAUGAAAUGUUUUAUGUAGAUAUUAGGAAUGGAUUAGAAUAUAUCUGCUUUCUGGGUAAAAAAAACACAAUUUAAAGUUUACUGUUUCUUGGUAAACAGAUUUUAAGUCGUUGCUAGCAAGAAAUUAAUAAAACUACCUUGUUUUAUAUUUCAGUUAAGAUAAGGUGGAGGACCUUAACAGAAAGACCAUAUUUAUUCAUUAUUUUAAUAUUAUAAAGGAAGUAAAGUGAAGUAUACUCUAAAUAGUGCAUAUGAGAAAUAUUGACAAUGUUUAGCAAUAAUGUAGUCCUUUAAUAUUUCAAUCUUGAAGUCAAAUUGGAAUAAUAUGGAGUGGCUAAACAUGCAGAUAGUCUUCUGUUUUAAUGGGAAUUGGGAAUUCAUAUUCUAAGUCUGGAGAUGAGCUUUGCAAAGUUAGUAGCUUUUCAUAUCUAGUUUCUGUCAUUAUCUUUUCAGGGCAUUUCUGAAGCAGUUUCUACUGAAUGUAGUUAAUUGAAUUGGCUUGAUAUGGUGACACAGUAAAUCACUUACAAAAUUUUAAACAUCAAGUGGAAAUUUAGAAAGGCCAUUAGCUCUAUAAACUUGCUCUGUGAGAAUGCAUUCUUAACUCUGUGUAGUGUUUCAGCUCCCAUUGUGCUGUUCACCUUACGGGAACAGAUAAAUUCUAAUGUUCAACUCAUUCUUGGCAUUAUUUUCUCUUAGUGUAGGUUUUUUGGCCUAAUUUUGGAAAAUUACUUUUUUUUUUGAAGAAUGUUUCUGAAUGGUCAUCCACUUUACCAAAACUUUUUCAGGUCUAAAGCUAGCUACUAUUUAAGUUACUGUUGACUGAAUUUUCUUUAUUUUCUGUUUAGCCCAGUGUUAUCAAGGUGAUCAAGACAAAUGAAGUAUGCCAACAUUGAUUAAAGCAUUUAAGGAGAUUGUGGCAGCUUUAGAAGGCUGUCUAGUUUUCUAUUCCUUAGUCAAGGGAGAACCAGAAGAGGUUUUGGAUACUAGGGAAAGUCAUAUGCUUGUACUAUUGCCAUUUUAGAAAACUCUGAUGUGAAUUCACAUUAUACCUCUGUUACCUAAAAGCCAACAAUAUGAACCCAGUAGUUUUACUGGCCAUUUGAAUUCUUUGUAUACAGUGUCAAUUUGUAAAAAUGGGUGGGGGACGGAUCUCAAAUAAAACAUGAGAAAACAUUUUGAGACUUCCAAAACAAAGAAGCACUUCAAAUUAUUUUGUUUAGAUUAAUUUUAAAAAUGUAUGACAUAUACUUGUUGCAUAGAUAUUUUGUUAAUUAUUAUUUACAUGCUUGAGUUCCGUGCAAUAUUUUCCAUUAUGUCCAUUGACAGGGCAGUGACAAAGAAAACUCGUAAGUGAUAACUUAAUUUAGAAGUGUCAAUAUUAAUGCUCAAUAAACAAAUUCCCUGCAAUUGUUUUUUUUUUAUUUCACUUUAUUUUUUACAUUUAAGGACAUCCAUACUGAAUUUUAUAAAUUAUUUUUCUUUACAUUUUUAAGAUGUUUCUUUUUGUUAUCAUAGGUCUUCUUACUUCCUUUUUUAGCAGAAAUAUUCUGAUUUUUAAAAUAUUUUUGAUAUUCACAGCCACUAAAAAAUUUUGCCCAAAAUUUAUGGCUCAAAAGAGAUGAUUAAUAAGGGAAAUGUUUUUCAUAUGUACACAGUAAUUUUAGGUAGCAAUAAUGGAACUUUGUAUAUUAGUAACUUUAGCCAACAUUUGAAUAAAGAUAAUCUUGGCAAUUUUCUGCAGUUCCGCAUGAGCUAACAACAAUAUUUAGGUAAUGUGUUGAAGUUGAAAAUGUGCUCUAAAACGCUGUAAAUUAAUUACUUUUCUAAAACUCGAGUAUAUUAUGUUUGCAUAAAAUGGUACAGAAAGUGAAAUACAGAACACAGGUUUAAGAAGGAAAUCUAGCUUUUAUGACAUUGGAGAAAGACACUCAGCCAGAAUAGUUAAAUAGUCCUUAUGAAGAACUAUUAAAUAACAGCUGGAUGGAACUGUGGACUAUGUGACUAUUCCAAGAAAUUUAUUUAUUAGCCUCAUUUUAUGGGCAUCACCAUGGUUGCAAAUCCCUAGCAUUUUUCUUGUUUUAAAAAGAGCUACUAAUAGGUUAAUUAGAAGGUUAAUUUUUUGCAAGUAGGUUAAUUUGUGGUAUAUUUUAGGCCAUUUCUCUCAUUUGAAAUAUUUCACUAUCUGAAUGUCAGCCUUCUGGCUCUUAGUAAAAUAAUUGAAUUACCAGCCACUAGAUUGAUUCAAAGUGGAGAAUAUACUGCUUCCUUAACAUUCCCUUUUCUCAUCUGUGAUGUUGAAUACUUAUAAGUAACCAAAUAAAGAAAUUUUGGUUCAUGAAAUGCCACAAAACCCCUUAAGGUAGUUAUGUGUUUAUAAGUCAGUGCCUGAGGCAUGCUUGAACUGUAUGUGACAAUAAGGUUCACUCAGCAUAAUUUGUUAGUGACUUAAAAAGCUCACAUCUGGGAGUUUAACUUUUUUUAAUGUAAAAAUACUCUGCAUAUUACCCAUAUAUUGCCCAUUUUGACUUAGAUUUCUAAUGGAGCAUUCGAUACACAAACAUUCUGUGCUUUCAUCCACUGAGUUCAGUUGUAUUCAGUUCCUGUAGUACUUCUUUUUGUUUGAGAAAGUCUGUCCUGAAUACACGUGUACUUUGGAGGAAAAGACCAGUCCAUAUUGUUAGAGUAAAUAAUUCUACAUAAAGUAAAAAGAGCAAAUUUUAAAUUUUGAUGCAUAAUAAAGAUAAUUACAGCUACAUUUAUUGACUUAAGUUCCAUGCACUUAAGGCCUUUUAGGGUAUUAUCUCAUUUGAUUCCAAAACAGCCCUGGGGGUUGGAUACUAUUAUAUCCAUUUGACAGAUGAAAUACCUAAAGCAAAUAAAUGUUAAGUAGGCCUGUUCAAGGUCUAUAGCCAGUAAAAGGCUGAGCUUGAAACCUAACUCUUGCACACACUAUUCAAUGCACAAUUCUUAUGUAACAUUGAAAAGGUCCUUUUUUUGAUAGACUUAUUAAUUUUGCUUAAUCUAAUUUUCUUUUCAUCAAAUGUUUAGUUCUCAUUGUAGUGUUUAGGUUAUGAAGUUGAUACACAAUUUCAGUAUCUAAUUUGCUAUUGGAUUUUUUUAGUGUGCCUAAUGUGUGAUCAAUAAUUUUUAAAUUUGGUUUUUAAAAUUUUAUAAAUGGCUAUGAAAUUUUAAUUGAAUAUUAAAUUUGUACCUAAUAGAACUAUUUCCAUCAAAGAGUUCUCUUUAGUAUUACUUUACAUAAUCAUAAUAUUGUUUCUACUUAAUUUUAUAACAAGGGUCCAGGUAUUGUACCAUAUCUUGUAACAUGGGAACAAAUGACAACUCUUUGGAAGAUAAGAAGAAAUCAGUAUUUCUGCCUUCAAAAACAGAAUAUUUUAAUGUCAUAAGUUUGCUUGUCAUAAUUAACUUUUCUGUUAAUUAUUUAGCACAUUGGUAGUUUUUAAAUGGCAAAUGUAGGAGUAUAAAUGUGUGGGAGAAUGUACUCAGUUUAUUAACAAUAAGUGAUCAUUUUUAUGUAUCAAAAAUUGCAUGUUUAAUCUUUUUAAAAGUUGCCUUAACUUCUAACUUUUAUUCUUACAACUGAUCAGUUCUUUCUCUUUCAAAUUUAGAGGAGAAACAACCCCUCAAGUGUAUUUGAGAUAGAGACCUGAUACAUUAGAGAGUAAGAAAUUUAUUUGGUGAUUUGAAGCAGCUAGGCUGAUAACCCUGGGCUUAACAAGAUUGAUAUUUUUAAACUAGGUCCUAUAUACUUUAACACUAUUAUUUGGGAGGUAACAGUAAACCAGUUCUUAUGAACACUAUCACUUUUGGAGGCAGAGACAGGUAAUUAACCAUACUUACUCAUUUUCUAAGUGGUUUAGAAGGUUGCAGUCUGCCUCACCAUACAAAGCCAAUUUAAAUAUGAAUAUAUCACAUCAUACUCCAAACAGCAAACAGUCUCAGAGGAAAGUCAUUUAUUCAGAAGGCAUAGAUUUGUGCUAGACAGCAGUGAUGCAUUACAAAUAUAUAAUUAUUUGCACUAAUAUUUGAGCAGGUGGAAUGGAUUAGAACAUGAUCAACAUUAUGCUGCUGAUAACAUGUAUUUUUCUAUAUUAAUAUGUACUGUGCAACAUGUAUUAAAAUUGUCAAUAAUUCAUUUUAGUCAUGAUACUAAUAUUUAUAUUACUGUGUUGAGACAGUAUCCAACUGAGCCACUUUUAAUUUAAAAGUCAAAUUGGUUAUUAAGUUUACUUUCAGAAACUACUUACUUUAUAAUCAUUGGAAAGUCAGUAAAACAGAAUUAUCACUGACUAGUGACUUAAUAGGAAGAAAUAUAGAGGGUUAAGAAUAGGGGUAGAAAUAUGGAAUAAGUUGUUUCAUUUACAGCCCAGAUGAGUGACUUCCUCUUGUUUUCACCAUUGGCAGUUUUAAGUGAAGGAAAAUGUCUUACUCCUUCCAGAGUAUCUUCAUAUUAACAAACUAAGCCUGAAGAUUGGAUGGAACCAACUCCAAGAAAUUAACCUCCAGUGGUGGACUUUCAAAUUUUCUAGAUUAAACUUGGAGAGGUAGGAAGCUUUCUUGAUGUCCCUGUUAUCUUAAAUAGGCAGGUGCUCUUGAAUGAGGCUGUCUCUUUUUACCUGCCUAUCAUUUUAAUCUUUAUACUGUGGGUAAAUUUGGUUCCUUUGAACUAUGGUGUUUUCUUAGGACAGUUCUAUCAAAUCUGCAGCCUUUUGCUAUAGAGAAUAUUAUCCAAAUAGAAUCUGGAAAAUGCUGACCUAAAGAAAAUGGUGAAACUACCUCUAAGUAUAUUGUUUGCAGAUGCUGUGUGCUAUUUAGAGGAUUCACAUGGGAUUAUGUGAAAAUACUUGAUAAGGUAUACUACUAAGUGCCUUUAUAUUAGGAUUCUCCAGUGGGAUGUAUUUUUAAUUUUUGCCACAUGGGGGAGAUGUUAUUUUUAUAGUAAUACCUACGUUUUUGUUUGAUUUUAAAAAUAGAACUCACAAAGCUUCUCUCUACCAAACACCACCUAUGAACAUGUCACUAUCCUAACAGGAAAAGAGAGAGAGCAUGUUUGUGUGCGUGAAUGCAGAUACUUAAAUGAGAUUCUGAAGGUUAUUUGUGAGAAAAAUUUCUGAGUGAAUCAAUGACACAAAAUUAAUACAGUUUUGAAGAGCAUAUGUGUACACAGGAGUUGUCCGAAGUCCAUAGUAAUUAAAGUUAUGGUUUUUUUAGAGUUAUAUAUCAUGAAUUGCUCUAUCAACUCUAAGAAGAAUAAUUUAUGGAUUGGUUUUCUCCAUUAUCCUUAAAAAAACUUUCUGAUACAAUCUCAAAUUUACAGAAAUGUUGUAAAUACUGUACAAAUAAACAUUUUCCACUUUAA